AUGGGAAUAAGUAAGUGCAUUUGGUGGGCCUUUGCAGUGGCAACAACCCAUGUAGCAGUGUACUGCAUUUUGAAGACACAUAGUAUAUAUGACGCACAUUCAUAUAAUGAUAAUGUUGAUGUAUCAGAUAUUAAAUACUUGGUAAAUUAUUUAGGGAUGUCUUAUGAUAUUAUCAAAGGGAACCCAAUGGGCGAUCCACUAUUUACUGUCGAUCUAGGAUACAAAAGGUAUAUUUUGAAGGAAAAACUUUGGUCGGAAGAAAAUGAAAAGGAUAGACAAAAAAAAGAUAACAAAAAUAGACAAGAACAAAGUAAAUAUCAAAAUAAGAUGGAAGAGAGUACAGAAAAAUAUGGAACUAGUACCGAAAAUGAUAAUAGCAUAUUUUUUAUAGCUAAAAAAAAAGAAGAUAUAAAAUGUGUUUAUAAUAAAAAAGGAAAAAUAAUUAAAAAUUUAGAAGAUAUAGAUGAUGAAUAUAAGAGUUAUAAAUUUCCAGUAUUAUAUAAAAUUCAUCCUUUUAAUUCUUCAAAUUAUUAUAGGAUGUUAGUUGAAAGAAUUGAAAAGGGGUAUUCAAUAAUUAUUGAUAAAAAGAUAUGUUCUAGAUAUUUUGUUGCUUUAAAAAAUGUUGACAGUAGUAAAUUAGAUCCAUUUUUUAUAAAUAUGUUAAAUGAUUUGGAAAAGAAUUAUAAAAAUAUAAAUAUAAAUAAAUAUAAAUGUAGUGUACAUUCAUAUAAAAAAAAUAAAUAUGAUAAAAAUUGCUUAAAAACAAUAACCCCAUGGAUUACUUUUUUUAAUUUAUAUGGAACUCAUUUAGUGUCUGAAGUAUAUUAUGGAGGUAAAAUUAUAAAUAUUUUAUAUUCGGAAUAUUAUAAUAAUAUAUAUAAUUCUGAUCAAGUUCAAAUAUAUAAAAAACGGUUGAACCCGUUUACAAGUGGAAAUAAACUUGGGAGUUUUUAUUUUGGAUCGAUUAUAUCAAAGAGACAGAAUUACACAAACCAAAAGGACAAUGAUAAUAUAUUAACUUAUAUAAAAGAAAAAAAUACGAUAUAUGAUGGUGGAGAAGAUAUUAAAGAAUAUAAAGAUGGUGAAGGAAAAGUUCUUAUGAUAAAUGGUAUUGAAGAUGAAUGGGAAAAAACAAUAAAUGGUAAAUAUGCAAAACCAAUUAAGUUGACUUUAAGACCUUUUUCUGAUUUUAUAAAAACAAAUGAUGGAAAAGUUGCUUAUUAUAAAGCUUUAGAAUAUUAUUCUAAUAUUAGUUACUCGGAAUAUAAUAGAUAUCCUUUUGAAAUAAAUAAAACUGAAUCGGAUUUAUACAAAAUGGAUAUUAAAAAAUGGCAUCAAUAUAUAGAUAAAAAUAUUAAUUUAAAUAUAUCACUUAAAUGUGAAAAUGAUGAAAAAAUUAUUAGUGGAUUUAUAAUAACAAAUAAACAAAAACAAUAUGAUGACAGUAUAGUAAUGCAUGUAUGUUCAUCAACUGAUGAAUGUUCUAGUGGAAUAAAUAUAGCAUCAGAUAAAAGUUUUGAAUUUGGUUGGAUAUUAUGUAGUAAACAUAAUUUAAAUGAAAUAUAUCAGAUUUAUAAAAAGGCAACACAUGAGAAUGAACAAAUUACUUGUCCGUCAAAUAUGAAAAUAGGUUUUGGAUUUAUAUUAACAAUACAAAAAAGUUUAAGUGCAAAUAUUGUAAUCGAACCAUGUAUAAGUGGUACAAAUAGUUGUCAAUCACAAGAAAAAAAUAAAAAUGAAAAUUUUCAAAAUUUUUUUUGGGUUAAUUGUCUUCCUAAUAAUAAACAAUUAUUCAUAAAUACAUUAGAGUCUAAAACUUUGAGCCAAAAAAUGCAUAUAGAUAAAAAUACAUUAAUUAGUUUAAAAUGUACACCUGGGAAAUUUAUAAUAUCUGGAUUUGCAAUUGACUAUAUUUCAUCUAGUAUAACAGAUUAUGCAUUAUGUGAAGUAGGAAGCUCAUCAUGUGAUUUAAAUAUUCGGGUUCAACAACCAAGCACUCAAGAAGUUCAUAUGCCUAUUAUAUAUAUCGUAUGCUCGUCCAUUUAG